CAGCCGGGUGGGGUGGAUGCCAGACUAUAAGAACUCAGAGACGGGCUCCGGGCUGCAUUCUGAGUGCGGGACGACAAAAACCACCUCUAAUGGAAGUACAGAGAAAUAUCGGGCCCCAACAGACAAACAGCAGCAGCAGCAGCAGCAGCAGCAGCAGCAGCAGUAGUAGUAGUAUGUGUGAGGCGACGCAGAAGUCGAGCGAACCUCGGCGAAAGAGAAUGGAUGAGCGCAGUGCGCCCUCGGAGAUGGCCAGGAUAAUCACUGACCCGGCCACGGGGAAGUGCUACUGCCGUGGAAAAGUUUUGGGAAAGGGAGGGUUUGCAAAAUGCUAUGAGAUGACCGACCUCUCCACCAGCAAAGUUUACGCAGCCAAAAUCAUCCCGCAUGCACGCGUCUCCAAACCUCACCAACGAGAGAAGAUUGACCGAGAAAUUGAGCUGCACCGAGCGCUGCACCACAAGCACAUUGUGCACUUUUAUCACCAUUUUGAGGACAAGGAGAACAUCUAUAUCCUGUUGGAAUACUGCAGUAGAAAAUCGUUGGCUCACAUCCUGAAGGCUCGUAAAGUGCUUACUGAGCCAGAGGUGCGCUAUUAUCUAAGACAGAUUGUAUCUGGACUAAAGUACCUGCAUGAACAAGAGAUCCUUCACAGAGACCUGAAACUAGGUAACUUCUUUGUGAGUGAGUCGAUGGAGCUGAAGGUCGGGGACUUUGGUCUGGCUGCGAAGUUGGAGCCAGCGGGAAACCGGAGGAAGACGAUCUGUGGAACUCCCAACUACCUGUCGCCAGAGGUGCUCAACAAGCAGGGCCACGGCUGUGAAUCAGACAUCUGGGCUCUAGGCUGUGUCAUGUACACCAUGCUGUUGGGCAGACCACCAUUUGAAACCACCAACCUGAAGGAGACGUACAGGUGUAUUAGAGAGGCGCGGUAUUCCCUGCCCUCCUCCCUGUCGCCACAGUCUAAGCAGCUAAUCACCAGCCUGCUAGCCAAGAUCCCAGAGGACCGACCUAACCUGGACCACAUUCUGAGGCACGACUUCUUCACACAGGGCUUCAGUCCAGAGCGUCUGCCGGCGAGCUGUUGCCAUUCAGCACCAGAUUUCCACAUCUCAAGUCCCGCCAAAAGCUUCUUCAAGAAAGCUGCCGCUGCGCUCUUUGGGGGGAAGAGAGACAAGGUCAAAUACUACGAGACUCUGAAUAAAUUAACCAAAGAGGAAGAGGAGAUCUACAAACUGCAGCAUGACCUGGAGAGAACUGUCAUCAGCCAACAGCAGAGCAAAAAGAUUUCUGAGAAUGGAAGUCUACUUCCGCCAUCUGCCGAGAGCCCCGUUGGCACAGCAACGGAGAGCCAGUCCCCGACGACGCGAGACACCAUCCGUCUCAUCGUCAGGGGGAGCCUGGGGAGUUGCAGCAGCAGCAGCGAAUGCCUGGAAGACAGCACGACAGGCAGUGUGGCUGAGACCGUUGCAAGCGUGUUGAGGGGAUGUCUGGAGAAUAUGCCUAAAGCCGAUGACAUUCCUCAGGGCUCAAACACCUGCAGUCUUCAAUGGGUGACUAAAUGGGUGGACUACUCCAACAAGUACGGCUUUGGCUACCAAUUGUCUGAUUACACCGUGGGCGUUCUCUUCAACAACGGCACUCACAUGAGCCUCCUGCCAGACAGAAAGACCAUCCAUUACUAUGCAGAGUUGGGCCAGCGCUCUGUCUUUCCUACUUGCGAGGUUCCUGAACACUUUGUGGGCCAGGUGACUGUGCUCAAGUACUUUUCCCACUACAUGGAGGAGAACCUCAUGGAUGGCGGGGACCUGGGUAGUAUGACGGAUGCACACUUGCCCAGACUCUACCUGCUGCAGUGGCUCAAGUCCGACCGCGCCCUCAUGAUGCUCUUUAACGACGGCACUUUCCAGAUCAACUUUUACCACGACCACACCAAGAUCAUCCUGUGUUGCCAGAGGGAUGAGUACAUGCUGACAUACAUCAACGAGGACCGCGUCUCCAAGACCUUCAAACUCAGCUCCCUGCUGACGUCAGGAUGCCCCACCGACCUGCGCGAACGCAUGGUGUACUCCCUCAACAUGCUUCUGCAGAGGUGCAGCUAAACCUACGAUAAUGCGCUUUGGACGGCGUUACACAAGAGAAAUCUACGCAGUGUGCUACUGCAGUGCUGCAGCGGGACCAGAGUUGUGUGGGAAGGACAAGUUUGAGAAUGGACCUGUGAAAAGUUAAUUAACAUUCCUACACUGUUGCACCUUCAUGACUCAGCAGAGGUGCAGGGGGGGGGGGAACAAAAUGGUAACACGCAGAGACUGGGGAAUGAAUUGUAGCACAAUGAUGGUGGAUGGCAAAGGGCUGAUUUGUAUGUUGAUUGUUGGAGAAGAGGAAAGAUGGACUAUGUUGGUAUGAAUGUGAACCCCAGCUGUUUCGGGGGGGAAAGAGGGAUGUUUGGGGAGAAAAGACGAAUGCUGGGCUGGCACCAGCUUAAAGAUGUAUUGUAUAGCUGAUGCUGUUUUAUAGAGGCAAACCAUAAACUGAAGCUCUGAAUGUAACCAGAGCUAGACUGUGGAAUAUUGUAAAUGAUGUACAGUGUAUGUUACAGCCAACCUGUGUGUGUGUGUGUGUGUGUGUGUGUGUGUGUGUGUGUGUGUGUGUCUCUCUUCACACUAACUCUUAAAACUGUGAUUUGUUCUCUUUAAUGACGGCCGGUAUGGCACAUUGAGAUGGGAACCAGUGGGAUGAUGAGAGGGAGAGAAUUGCAUUUAAAAAGAAGAAGGAAAAAAAAACUACCAGGGAUUCUUUACGUAUCCCUUAAGAGCCAUUAUCAUCAUGGUAGAACAUGUCCUAAAUAACUUAUUGUGUGCAAAAUAAAAGGUGCAGUAUUUAUUUAAUAAUAAAGAGCAUUUUCUAAAAUAAGAACUACUCCUGAGCACUUGUCCUUCUCAUUGAUUGUUUGUACCCGUAUUUAUUUUCAGAAGCACAAUUUGCUCCGUCUGCUAAAAGAUGUUCGAUGUUUACUGCUAUUACAUUUUCCGAGUGUUCCCUCAAAAUAGAUGCAAUUUAACAAACAUGAAAAUGAACCAUGUCCUUGUUUCAUAUGUAAGAAGCAGUUCAUGUAUGGUACGGUGUGAUGAGAUUUAGAGCAAACAACUCUUAUGUGUGGGCUGGUCCAAGUCAAAGCAAGUAUUUUCUCUUUAAACUUCCACAGGAAAUGGGCACACAGAGAUACUUGAUAGAGAACAUGUUUACAGUGAAGUUGUUUAUACUCAAGGUUCACGCUGCUGACUUUUCCUCCGGAGUGAUAAAUGGAGG